AUGCUGAUGAUUCCUCUGCUGCUGCUGCUCAGCCUGCUGGAUCCCGUGCGCCCCCGGGCCCGCUGCGCGCCGGGCCAGAGCCAAGCCUGUGACCCCCGGCAGCGGAGGGACGCCGGGGGCCGCGGCGGCGUGUACGAGCACCUCGGAGGAGCGCCGAGGCGCAGGAAGCUCUACUGCGCCACCAAAUACCAUCUGCAGAUCCACGCCAAUGGGAAAAUAGACGGUUCACUGGAGGAGAACAACCCGCUCAGCAUCAUGGAAAUCACGGCAGUGGACGUGGGUGUCGUGGCCAUUAAAGGACUUUUCUCAGGCAGAUAUCUGGCCAUGAACGAUAAAGGAAGGCUGUACGCCUCGGAAGCGUUCAAUAAAGAGUGUGAGUUUGUGGAGCGCAUCCACGAGUUGGGGUACAACACCUAUGCAUCCCGCCACCACUCCACAGAGCAGCCGCUGCCCCCGGGAGGAGGCGGAGGAGGUGGCAGCAACAAGCGCCGGGCCAGCAUCAAGAAGCAGUGGUAUGUUUCCAUCAAUGGCAAAGGGAGGCCGCGGCGAGGCUUCAAAACCCGAAGCACGGACAAAGCCUCGCUCUUUUUACCUCGGGUGCUGGGCAACAAGGACCACGAGAUGGUGCGAAGGCUGAGGGACAGUCAAGGUGCGCACCGCCACACGCAUAACCAAGGUGAGCGGCGGAGACGUCGGCACCAUGCCCGGAAAGGCCGGGGCUGA